AUGACAACAACAAUAAAGUCCACUGGUUCGUUAACAACAACUACUGUCUCUUGUAAUCCAUCUGAAGUUAAUUUGAAAUACUUAAUGAACAUAUCAAAAAUAAAUAAUAACAGUGAAAUAGAAUAUGAUAGACGGAUGGCUGAUACUCUAAUGAAAAGUGUAUUAGAACUUUGGUCAACAAAUUCACAUUGUGACUUAACCAUUUAUCUAAAACAACACAAUCUAAAUAAAAUAGCAUACAAACGUUAUCGUGCACAUCGUUUUGUUCUGUCGAGUGUAUGUGAUUCAAUAAAUAUUGUUAAAGAAGAGAGAAAAUUUUCAAGAAAAAAAACAAUUAAUUAUGUUUGUUAUUUAGAUUAUACACCUAAUCGUGGUCUUGAAUUAUUACUCGUUUAUUUAUAUUCAUCCCGUUUAGUGUUAGACAUAGAGAGUGUUAGUGAUUUACUAAUAGCAUCAAAUGAAUUGGGGGUGAAACAUGUAUUUCUAAGAUGUAUACAAUUUAUAUGGGAUUAUAUUGACGAUUUAUUAUCAAUCGAUGUUACUCGAAUUAAACAGGUGUGA